CUUCCUGCAGCUGGGAGGGUCCUUUUCCACGGGGCUAAGCAGGAUUAGCAUCAGCAGCUAACAUGCCGACUGUCGGAGUGAAAAGAGAUCUUCUCUUCAAAGCUUUGGGAAGAACUUACACUGAUGAAGAGUUUGAUGAGCUAUGCUUCGAGUUCGGGCUGGAGCUGGAUGAAAUUACAUCAGAGAAGGAGAUCAUCAGCAGGGAGCAGGGCGACAACAAGGCUGUGGGAGCUUCCGAUAUCAUCCUGUACAAGAUUGAUGUGCCAGCUAACCGUUAUGACCUGCUGUGUCUGGAGGGGCUGGUCCGCGGACUACAGGUCUUCAAGAAUAAGCUGGAUGCGCCUCGCUACAGGCGCGUUCGCCCGGUGAGCGGAGAGCCUCAGAAGCUGAUCAUCACUAAGGAGACGGCCGCGGUGCGACCGUACGCCGUGGCCGCAGUGCUGAGGGACAUCACCUUCACGCAGGAGCGCUACGACAGUUUCAUCGAGCUGCAGGAGAAGCUGCACCAGAACAUCUGCAGGAAGAGGAGCCUGGUGGCCAUCGGCACCCACGACCUGGACACCAUCUCCGGCCCUUUCACCUACACAGCCAAACCACCCGGAGACAUCUGCUUCCAGCCUCUGAACCAGACCAAAGAGUACACGGCCACGCAGCUCAUGAGCCUCUACAAGUCAGACAACCACUUGAAGCAUUACCUCCCCAUUAUUGAAGACAAACCGGUGUACCCCAUCAUCUACGACAGCAACGGCGUCGUCCUGUCCAUGCCUCCGAUCAUCAACGGCAACCACUCCAGAAUUACCCUGAAGACAAAGAACGUGUUCAUCGAGUGCACGGCAACAGACGUGACCAAGGCAAAGAUCGUGUUGGACAUGAUGGUAACCAUGUUCUGCGAGUACUGCUCACAGCCUUUCACGGUGGAGGAAGCCGAGGUUGUGUACCCAGAUGGAAAGACCUGCAUAUACCCGGAGCUGGCCUACAGGAAGGAGAAGCUCUCCAGCGACUUCAUCAACCGAAAAGUCGGCAUCAACGAGUCGACGGAGAGGAUCGCUCAGCUACUCACCAGGAUGUGCCUGCUCUCCCAGGCCACCGGCGUGGGCGACGAGAUCGAGGUGGAGAUCCCGCCCACGCGCUCCGACGUCAUCCACGCCUGCGACAUCAUGGAGGACGCCGCCAUCGCCUACGGCUUCAACAACAUCACCCGCACCACGCCACGCACCUACACCGUAGCCAACCAGUUUCCCAUUAACAAGCUGACAGAGCUCCUGAGACAAGACCUGGCUGCUGCGGGGUUCACCGAGGCGCUCAACUUCGCCCUGUGUUCUCAAGAAGAUAUAGCAGACAGGCUUGGAAAGAAGAUCUCAGAGACCAGGGCAGCUCACAUUUCCAACCCCAAGACAGCAGAGUUCCAGGUGGCGCGCACCACCCUGCUGCCUGGCCUGCUGAAAACCAUAGCUGCCAACAGGAAGAUGCCCCUUCCCCUCAAACUGUUCGAGGUGUCUGAUGUUGUCCUGAAAGAUGAGACCAAAGAUGUCGGAGCGCGGAACAGCCGGCGUUUCUGCGCCGUCUACUACAAUAAGAGCCCGGGCUUCGAGGUGAUCCACGGCCUGCUGGACCGAACGAUGCAGCUGCUGGAGGUGAAGCCGGCCCGCGGAGAGGGAUACCACAUCCAAGCUGCAGACGAUUCUACCUUUUUCCCCGGCCGAUGUGCCGAGAUCUUCGUUCGUGGAAAGAGUGUGGGCCGACUGGGAGUCCUCCAUCCAGACGUCAUCAACCGCUUCGAGUUGACCAUGCCCUGCUCUGCCCUGGAGAUGGACAUCGAGCCUUUCCUUGGCCACACUGCCGAAGCCCUCCUCACGCAUGAUGUCCCCAUGCAAGAAGCCGUCAAGCACAAGUUCAACACUCGCGGUGGGUCCGGGCAGACGCUGCUCCCUUCCCCAGCCUCCACUAAAACCGUGUUUGGAGACAUGAGUACACAAGCGGGUCUGAAGGCUCUCAAUGAUUUUCUGGCCGACAAGAGCUAUGUGGAGGGCUUUGUUGCAUCGCUAGCGGAUGUCGGCGUGUUUGAUGCCAUCCCCACCCCGCCCCCGCCAACUUUCUCUCACCUCAGGCGUUGGUACAGUCACAUUAAGUCCUUUGGGGCAGAAAGAGGAAAUCUCCCAUCAUCCAAGCGCCAGUUUGUCCUCCCGGCUGCCCCGGUCCCCUCGGCAAGCGAAGACGACGACGACAUUGACCUCUUUGGCUCGGAUGACGAGACCGAGAGCGUGGAGGCGGCCAGGAUCAAGGAGCAGCGCCUCGCCGAGUACGCCGCCAAGAAGGCCAAGAAGCCGGCUCUCAUUGCCAAGUCCUCCAUCAUGCUAGACGUCAAGCCCUGGGACGACGAGACGGACAUGGCUAAGCUGGAGGAGUGCGUGCGCAGCGUCAGCAUGGACGGGCUCCUGUGGGGGCAGUCCAAGCUGGUUCCGGUGGGCUACGGAAUAAAGAAGCUCCAGAUAGGAUGCGUGGUGGAGGACGACAAAGUGGGCACGGAUCUGCUGGAGGAAGCCAUCACUGCCUUCGACGAAUAUGUUCAAUCUGUUGACGUGGCUGCCUUCAAUAAGAUCUGAAUCAUCCAGACGGGGAAUUAAUUGGCUGAAUGCUACCAUCUGACGUUCUGUGGGCUUGGCUCCAGAUUAUUGAUAUAUGGAAUGCUCUGUUCAGUAAGUAUUUCAUGAUCUGUGUGAUAGAACACAAGCUCAGGUGCUUUAUGUAAAAAAAAAACAAAAAAAAAAACUUGUCUUUCUUUUGAUACAAGUACAAAAGAUUGUCUUCUUUAGAAGUCUAAUAAA